AUGGGGGACUUCGCCUCCCCCGCUGCCGGACCCAACGGCAGUAUCUGCAUCAACAACAGCAUGAACCCGGCCGCCGGGAACGUGGUUCCCGCCGGAGCGGUGGGCAUACCUAAGCACAGCACGGUGGUGGAGAGGCUGAGGCAGCGGAUAGAGGGCUGCCGGAGACACCACGUUAACUGCGAGAGCAGGUACCAGCAAGCGCACGCCGAGCAGCUGGAGAUAGAGCGGAGGGAGACGGUCAGCCUGUACCAGCGGAGUCUGGAGCAGAGGGCCAAGAAGUCGGCCGGCGGCAGCAGCAAGCAAUCGCAGAGCAAGCAGCAGGACCCGGACUCUGCCUCCUCCACGGAACAGAGGAAUAACACGCUCAUAGCGCUCCAGGAGACUGUAAAGCGGAAACUGGACAGUGCACGAUCGCCCCUCAAUGGAGAACAGAACGGCAUCUGUGAUGGAGGCAGCUACUCGCCGACUACCAAACGGGUACGGAAGGAGGGCUCCGGUGGUAUAGACUCACUAACGGGUAUCCCCAACAACAACAAUGUACCACCAAUCUCUCCACUGCAUCACCAAAUGGACAUUAAGCCCUUACUUGGCGGGCCCAACACUUCCACCGGAAACAACACUACAAACGGCAAUGGCAACCACGUAGGCCAGGCAUCAGAUGAGCUGGGGAAGAAUGGUGGCAGCCAUCUCUCAGACAUGAAGCUGAAUGGCUCGCUGGACCUGGAGGACAGCUUCGGCCUCCUCAAAGACCUGAAACAGGAGCCACUUGACGACGGAGGUGGGAUGGAGUCUUCCGAUCCCCAGUCCCUGUCCAAUCAGAACAAACUGUUCUCUGACAUCAACCUCAAUGACCAAGAGUGGCAGGAGCUGAUUGACGAGCUGGCCAACACUGUGCCGGAAGACGAUAUGCAUGACCUCUUCAAUGAGGACUUUGAGGACAAGAAAGAGGCGGAGUUCGGCAGGCCGGCAAACAAUCAGACACCAGGCCCACAAGAAGCAGCUGGGAACACGACAGCACCGCCAGCAGCAGCCCUUCCUCCUCAGCUUCCACAGGGAGGCCCACAGGUUCCCAUGGGUUCUCCACAGGUCCGACCAUCUUCGUCAGGCCCUCAGUUCGCCACCACUGCCAAUGGAACGCCUCCUCAGCAACCUUUGCAGCAGUCUCCAGCUGUUGCCAUGGCAUCGGGUUCCCCAUUGCACAACUGCGUGGCUCGCUCCCCUCAGACCCCAACCCAGGCUCAGACACAAGCAGUCUCUAGGCCUGGGAAUGGAUACAUGAUGAACCAAGGCCCGGGGGUCAGUCAGGCGGGCACGGGGCCUGGAGCAGCUGGAGUUGCCCCUGGAGGUCAGCCUGUAGGGCCAGUGACACCUGAACUUUCUCCAGCAGAGCAGCUCAAAGCAAUGGCUCAGCAGCGUGCUAAACUGCUGCAGCAGAAGCAGCAGCAGCAGCAACAAGCAGCUAACUGGUCCCCUGCAGGUGCGCCAACCAGUCCCUAUAACUCUGGUCCCUUUAACCAAGACAAACCCAACAGCCCCAUGAUGUACCCACCGCAAGCCUUUAACGCGCCACAGGGCCCUCAUGUGGCUGGAAUGGCCCCCAACAAUGGGCCCAAAGCCCCCAUGAACAACUACCUCCCUCACAACCACAUGGGCAUGAUGGGCCAGCAACAGCCAAAUGGCAUCAACCAGAACACCCUGACCAAACAACAGCAGCAACAGCAGCAGCAAACAGCAGCCAUGUUGUCUUACAACAACACCAAGCCCCUGAGUCACUUCAGCGGCAGCGGGGUUGAUCACUUAGGCCAGAGGAUGACUCCUCCCAUGGGAGGGAACAAUCAGGUCAAGAACCCCAUGAUGCCUCCCUACAUGGGCGGUGGGGGAGGUGGUGGCCAGGGCGCGGGGCCAGGGCAGACCCAGGGGCCAAUCCCGGGACAGACGGCGCACCUGAGUGAGGAGCAGAAGAGGAUGUUGCUGAUGAAGCAGAAAGUGUUGAACCAGAACAUGCCCUACAGCACCAUGCAGCCUCAUGGACAGGAACAAGGUGUUGUGGGAAUGUCACGACCGCCGGGUGCCAUCCCGCCUCCUCACCCUGCUGGAGGCGUGGCCUCUGGGGUGGGGCCCAACCAGGUGUCGGGACCUCCUCCUGGCUAUGUGGGCAACCAGCAGCAGGCAGCCAUGAUGAAACAGAUGAUGGCGAUGGAGCAAGAGAAGAGGGUGCAGAUGCACAUGAUGGAGCAGCAGAAGCAGCAGCUCUUCAGAGAGCAGAGACAGCAGCAGCAGCAGCAACUACUGGCCGAACAGCUCCAACAGCAGCAGCAUCUCCCCAGACAGAUGGGCCAAGGCCAGAGGAAUCCAUACCCCCAAGUCAACCAGUACCAAGGUCCUCCUCAGGAUCUGGCAUCCAGAAGCCAGGCUCUCCAGAACAUUCGGGCUGCCCGUCUCCUGCAACAGCAACAGCAGAACCAGCAGCAGAUGGUUCAGAUGAGUUCUGUCCAGGGCCAGGGGGGCUCUGUGGGACCCCAAACUGACAUGGGUUUACCCUACGGCAACCAGGGGUCCAGCCAAGGUUCCCUCUACGGGCUCAACCCCUCCAUGAGCCAAAUGAUCCACCAGCAGCAGCACCAGAGCCAAAGUGUCCAAGCCUCCAUGGGUCUUCCACCGCAGCACAACCCCGCCGGAGGUCCGCCCCGGCAGGCAGGUGCAGGUCCUGGGGUCGGCGGGAUGCCCGGAGGCCCCGGAGGUGGUGGAGCCGGAGGGUAUGGAGGACAGGGGAUGUUAAUGAACUCCAUGACCCAGCAACCCCUCAAAGGCCCUCCCAAAGCCCAAGCACAGAGACUGCAAAGCAUGCUAGGAGCAGGAGGCGGAGGCGGGGGAAUGGCGGCAGGUGGCUGGCCGCAGCAGCAAGGACAGAGUCUGCAGGCCAUGGGGGGAGGAGUCGGAAGGACUACAGGAGGAGGGGGAGGAGACAUGGUGGGGUUCAGCUCCAGCCAGGGUUAUGGGAUGCAGCCGGGUCAACCCCAGCGCAUGGCCAAGCAACACUUUCAGGGUCCGGGCCAGGGGAUGAGCCAGGGAAUGGACCCCAGAGUGGGCAACCCAGCGGCCGGUAUGGGCGGCCCAAUGAUGGGCCCUCACAUGGGCGGUCAGCCCAGGACCAACCAGCCCCGGCCCAUGGUCAUGAACCAGGGGAUGAACCAAGGGGUGAUGGGCCAGGGGAUGACUGGGAUGGGGGGGUUCGGGCCUGGCCCUGGGGGGCCUGGUUUAGGGGCAGGGGGAGGAGGAGGUGGACCCUAUGGACCCGGGGGAGUCGGGGUUGGAGGUCAGCCACCGGGCUACCAGAGGACAGCCAAUCAGGACAUGUCAUCCUAUGGAUAUGGGGGCGGGCCCUCAGGGGGAGGAGCCUUCGGAUUGGGCGAUGGCUCAGGGGCGGAGCUGGACUCAAGUGAUGGUUGGAUGGAGGAGUUUUUCCCGAACCAAUAGCCAACGGGGAACCUGGAGAUUAGUUUUUACUGGAUGAACUAAGCGUUAGUCGGACAAUUGUUAAAUCCUGAGAAAGUAAAACAAAAAGGAUGACAUGAUGUGGACUGGCAUGUUUUUGUUUUGUAAAACAUGAGCAAGGUUAUAAAUGUGUUAUGUUUUUGUUUUUGUGUGUGUGUGUGUGUGUGUGUGUGUGUGUGUGUGUGUGUGUGUGUGUGAGAUGGAGAGAGCGAUCAUUAUGUCUCGUGCAUAUUAAUGAAAAACCAAUAUAGAGAUUAAGAGGUGUGUUUCAUUAGUUUCCUUUUUUCACCGCAAAAUUAAUUUUCUCAUGUUCCAGUGUUUGAAAGCGAGCCCCGUUUACACAGCAACACUUUGAGCCCAAGCUUCAGCAAGGGCUGAUUGAACACCACAGACUGAUGAAGGGGAAGGAAGACUUGUUCUCAAGACAGCAAUUUAUUUGUGUUAGUGUGUUUGUGCCACCCAGCUCAGAGCUUCAGAUCUCUCAACUAUGUGAGGAGCUGAAGGGAGUAGAAAGCACUCUCAGCGCUCCCAUUUCCUCCCUUAGAUUUGUGCCCCCUAUACACACACACACACGCAUACACAAAUCUGUCGCCUUCGCGCUCUCUCACUUUGUUCUCUUCAUCUCUCUCUCUCACUUUGUUCUCUUCAUCUCUCUCUCUCUCUCUCUCUCUCUCUCUCUCUCUCUCUCUCAUAUCUUCCUUCUCUCUCUCCGCCGUCUUUCCCACCCUCUCUCCAGAGACUCGUUCCUCGCUCUCCUUUCUCUGUUUAAAUUGUGAACAUCACAACAGAACAAAUGAUGUUCCUCUAUUGUGCCACACAAGCGCACUCUGCCCUCUAGUGCUUUUGCUAGGCAACCAACCUGGGUGGCAUUUCUUUGAGGGUUUCAUUUCCUGCGCGUGGCUGUGGAUGACGGGAAUGCACGCACAGAAAGACAAAGAGAGCAAAAAGCAGAGAAAGAGAGAGAGAAUAGGCAGCUAAAGCAAGCACUCUCACACACACACAAACAUAUACAAACCAACAUACAGACAAACAAGCUUCAGCCUGGGAGGAUGAGCGGAUGUGUGAGAGGCAGCUAACAGAGCUAAUAUUACAUUAAACCUUCUGCCUGUGUGACACAAACCACAUCCCAUGCAUCAGGCUGACACAAAGCAAAACGAUCGCUGGGCACUGAAUGUAUUCAAGCACCACAAGUGACUUCUUCUUUUAAAGAAAAAAAAAAAAAGCUAAUUGAAAGCCCACCCACAUGUUAUGUUUGUUGCCGUGUAUUUAUCUCUAACAAUGAAGCUGGUUGUGUCUUUGUCGAUUUAAAAGUGAAAAAAAAAGAAAAAGUUAGCCUUCUUUUUAGUUUGUGUUGUCUUUUGAAAAAUCUGUUUGUCCUCCCGUCGCAGCACAGCCUUCCCUUCCAUACCGACACAGCUGGUUGUCAAUCACCGUAGCCCUGCUUUACAUCCUGGCUUCUCUUGUACCGCAGCAGAAAACACCCUCACUCCAAAAUAGAACGUAACUGUGCUAAACUGUAACACUACUGUGAAGAGAGUUGUCCCCUUCCAGCGCUUUACUAGGAAAAUGAACCACUGCUACGCCUUGAGUUUGUUUUAAAAACAGUAGAGAAACUUCACACAGCUGAUUGGGCUUCAAGGGUGACGACGGUUAGCGCCAGUUAGCAUCUAAACAAUCAGUGCUUCCACUGAAGUCAGCGUCUCCCUUUCUCCGAGCUUACGUAUUUCACUGUAGGCUUUACUCCUCAUCAUCAACAAGCUGUUCACUCUUUUGCCCUAAUGGUUGAGUAAUAAAUAUGUGUCGAAUAGGUUUUAGUCGUUGGUCAGAUAACACCUUACUUCUCUAACUGUUUUGUAGUCUCGGUUAAAAAGAUGAAUGAAAGCGUGCUUGUUCGUGCAUUACUUUGUAUUUAGCUCACCAAGAGUGAAAGUUUGAAAGACGACGCUGUAAUCAACAAACCAAAAAGCCUUCUUCUCUGUAAACUAACUCCUUGCCAUCAACGCUGUUUGUUCUCAUGGUUGUUGAUGUUGUAUAAUUCAACCCUUUAAAUACAAACUUUUAACCACCAUUGUCAUGUAAGCCUCGCUGCAUUUGGUAGCACCCCACGAAUGAGGGUCUGUAGUUUGAUUUUUGUCAUGUUUGGAGAGCAGAAGUCCUCCAUCUCACUGUGGAGUCUGAAGGUUUAGGGUUGUAGCCCUCCCCAGUUUUGUAAGGGGGAGAUGGUGAAAUGAAUAAAAGCUUCUAGAUAAACUCUUGAGCCUUCCUUGUGCAGGAAAAGCAGUGGAGCGCUCACCGCUUCAAUGGCUCCACUGCUCAUGCUUCCAAAACUUUGAUACCACUCCAGUACUCCAGGCAGGCUCAAAUAAAAGUUCAGUGUCAGACCAGUGAAUUGGAGGCGGUGGGCAGGAAAUCACCUGAGGGUUACCACUCCAGACUGGAGGCAGGAAGGUAGAGAAACACUUCUGGGUCAGUGUUAAGAUCACAGCCUUUGUGACCUUUUUGUCUUCUUCAAAGUAAGAGUUCAUGGUAUGGUUUGAAAUCCCUUCAGGAAGAGAAAGGAAGCUUCCUCCAAAUAUCAUUAUGUACCGGGACCAAGUCUGUAGACAACAUUUUAACAAAAAUUGUUGUUGUUGAUGUUCUUUGUUUUUUUUUCUUUGUGUUUUUUUUUUUACUGGUGCUGACAUAUAUGUGAUUAUGAGAAAAAGUAUAUAAAAGAUAAUGGCUAUUUGUAAAUAUGUUUUUACAGGUUUAAAUACAUCAGAUAAUACAGUCUCUACUCUGUAAAGAAUUUACUGUUUGUUGGAAAAUAGAGAAGUAUUUUUAUUUUGAAGUUUUUUGGUUUCACGUUUAACCCAUCUGAGCUAUGCCAUUGCACUUCAGACAAUGUCUUACUACUAAUUUGUAUUGUAAACCUCCUCCUUUUUUGGAUUUUUUUUUCAUUUUUUUUUUCUAGUUUGAGAUUUGACUCUGUUCUUAAGCAGUGCUUAUUUCUUUUUAUCCUGUACAGAAUUCUGAAAUGUUAACAAAAGAGAAUUACAAAACUUUUUUUUUUUUCGUUUGUUUUUCAAAAAGAUACAAUAAAGAGACAAUGUUCUCGCUGAUCAUAUUAAAUGAA